AUGGACGUCGAUAUGAAUGGCGGACGCGACCGUAUCGCGCCAAUGUUCAAAGAUCGCCACGUGCUGAUCACGGGUGGGACGGGAUUCCUCGGUAAAGCACUGAUUGAAAAAUUACUCCGAUGCUGUCCGGAGAUUGGCCAGAUCUAUCUUCUAGUCAGAGCAAAGAAGGGCAAAUCGCCGCGUCAACGCUUGGAGGACAUCUUUGCCAAUCCGCUGUUCGAGACCGUCAAGGGAAUGCGCGGUCUAGAUACGUUGAUAAGUCAAUGUACCGUGAUCGGUGGCGACGUCACGGAACCGGAACUGGCCAUUACGCCCGAGGAUCGCAAACUGAUUGCGGAAAAUGUUUCCAUUAUCUACCACUGUGCUGCCACGAUUCGGUUCGACGAAACGCUCAAGAAGGCGGUUAUGCUCAAUACGCGCGGCACCAAGUACAUGAUCGAUCUGGCGAAACAAUGCAAAAAGUUAGACAUGUUUGGCUACGUUUCCACCUCGUACUGUCAUCUUAACGAGAAGCUGCUGUUGGAAAAGCCUUAUGCACCUCCGGCAGAUCCACACAAAGUCAUCAAGGCGGUCGAAUGGCUUGAGGAAGGUGUGGUAGAUGGUAUGACCAAAAAAAUUCUGGGUGACUGUCCCAACACAUACGCCUAUACCAAAGCGUUAGCGGAAGCGCUUGUAGUGGAGUCGAUGGAUGAGAUCCCGGCGGUCAUCUUCCGUCCCUCGAUCGUUAUUCCCACCUGGCGCGAACCCAUCCCCGGCUGGACGGACAACAUCAACGGUCCGGUAGGUCUGCUGAUUGGUGCCGGCAAAGGUGUGAUCCGUUCGAUGUAUUGCAACUCGGACGGGUACGGCGACUACCUGCCGGUUGAUUUCGCUGUCAGCGCGAUGUGCGUUUGCACCUGGAACUACGUCGGCAACCAGGAUCACAAGCGGAACAUCUAUCAUCUGGUCAGUUCGGCAGAGAUCAAGGUUUCCUGGGAAGGUAUUAUCGAGCGUGGAAAGUGGAUCGUCUCGAACAAGAUCCCGCUCAACGGUGUCCUCUGGUAUCCGGGCGGUUCGAUGAAGCGCACCCGAUGGGAACACAACCUGUCAGCCUUCUUUUUCCAUUGGAUACCGGCGUUCUUCAUCGAUUGUCUGCUUUACUGCUUCGGAUAUAAGCCAAUACUGUGGAGGAUACAUCAGCGUAUCGCCAAAGGUUUUGAAGUGUUCGAAUACUACGCUAACAAUCAGUGGGACUUUGACAAUGCCACCGUACUGUACCUGCGGACGAUUAUCAACGAAGAGGAAAAGGUCAAAUUCAAAAUAGACGCUGGAGGUGUUGAGAUCCAGGAAUACUUCGAAAACUGCAUACGAGCCGCGCGGUGGUACAUUCUGAAGGAAACGGACGAUACUAUCCCCGCUGCUAGACGUCACAUGCGUGUUAUGUGGUGGGUCGACAAGAUAUGUAAGACAUUAAUCUACGGUGGACUCAUUUACUACAUCGGCAAGGCGCUCUACUCGUUGCUGUUUGCGUCCGUCUUCUAGGUAGCUCUACAUUCCACCGUACUGCUGCAAGCAGAGCAGUCAGCAGCAGUACCGUACCCUUUAGUGCGUUAGUUUUGCGUGUGAUUAAGUGCAAUUAAUCUAUCGAUUUCAUCACACACCCCUUUCGUGCCUUGUUUCCUUGAACGUGCGACAGGGCCCAUUUUGUGUUAAGUUUUCCUUUAUUUUUUGGUUUGCGUUUUGUGGGCAUAACGUCUAAAUUUUUCACUAAACACCCGUCGGGUGUGUUAAUUUCGUUUGUCUUAUUUUGUUUUAAUGUUAAGGAAAGCAGUACCAUAACCCCAGUUUUCUAUUCUAGUGAUGGUGUAGAGAUGAAUUUAGUUUUUUUUUUAUUUACUUUGCUGCUAUGUUUCGUUUCGGAAAUAG